AUGGGGACGAAGAGCAACUUCAAUUCUACAUCACAAUCUCAAAAAGAAAAUAUAAAUAACAAAAACAACAACAACAACACCAAUGUUGUGUUGAAUGUUUAUGAUCUCACCCCUCUCAAUAAUUACUUAUAUUGGUUGGGAUUUGGAAUCUACCACUCUGGCAUUCAAGUACAUGGUAAGGAAUAUGGAUUUGGAGCUCAUGACUUUCCAUCAAGUGGAGUAUUUGAAGUGGAGCCAAGGAAGUGCCCUGGUUUUAUGUACAGAACUUCUGUCCCUUUGGGCCAAGUAAACAUGCCACCUUCCGAGUUUCGGACAUUUAUCGAAAACAUGGCUAGUGAGUAUCACGGAGAUACUUAUCACCUUAUAUCUAAGAACUGCAAUCAUUUCACAGAUGAUAUCUCAGGUAGAUUGACCGGAAAACGCCUCCCUGGUUGGGUUAAUCGUCUCGCUAGGAUAGGUUCCUUAUGCAGUUGUCUACUUCCUGAUAGUAUUCAAGUAACUACGGUUAAACAGCUACCCGAAUACCAUUCUGAAGAUGAAGUUACUGAUUCUCUACCAAUUGCGACGCCUGGUGAAUCGAUGGAACUAGAUGAUGAACAAGCAAAAUGCCUUCUGUCACCUGUUGCUACCACAGAAGAUGUUGCUUUUGUGAAAGAGACUCAAGUGAAAUGA